GACAAUGAGUGUGAAAUUAAAUAUGUGAAGUACGCUCAUACAUCAUUACACAUCCAGUAUGCGUAUUGCCGUCUUUACGCACUCAUCAUCAUAUCUGCAUAUAUGUACACAUGGAUGAAAUAUAAAUGUACGUACAUUGAUGCUUAUAUAAGUAUAUUUUACUCACACAAUCCAUCCGUCUAUAUCUGUCUCUCUAGUGAUUCUGUCGAAAUAAAAGCAAAAAGACGACGAAAGUAAAGUAUCAUGGCCGUAGCAGUACAAUUGGUUUAUACGCGCUUACAAUAACGUUUAAUUAUAAAUAAUUAAUAAUAAAUCGUAACGUGUGUUCAAGUUAAUAAUAUUGUUGAGUUAAAUAGUUGCCGUCAGUGUAUGGUUCGAAAAAUUCAUAUGGAUACCCACGUGGCGUACCAGGUGAGAGAGAUAGCUGUAGAGUUGGAUUACAACAAUAUAAACCCUAAACCAACAAGUGACUUCACAGAUAUCGAUGUCAGUAAGAUCGACUUUUCAGACAGUUUUGACAAACCAAGCAACAUAAAAAAAGUGCAAUAUAAACUACGAUAAGGAUAAAAUGGAUGAUAAUAGUAAAGAAUCAUCCACAUUGGCGGUUGAUAAUAUUCAAAACCAAUCACCUGGAUCUUCGUCGUCUCCUGAUGCUGAUCUAAGUAUGGGAGCCGGUGGUACCGGCGGAUCUGUCCUCGGUAUUCCUGGAUCAGGAGUAACCGGUGUGUUAUCUCAACACUGUGCUAUUUGUGGUGAUAGAGCGACAGGGAAACAUUACGGCGCCGCUUCGUGUGACGGUUGCAAAGGAUUUUUCCGGCGUUCAGUUAGAAAAAAUCACUUAUACACUUGCCGAUUCAAUCGGAAUUGCGUAGUUGAUAAAGAUAAAAGAAAUCAAUGUAGAUAUUGUAGGCUACGAAAAUGUUUUAAAGCCGGUAUGAAAAAAGAAGCGGUACAAAAUGAACGUGAUCGAAUAAGUUGUAGAAGACCAAGUUAUGAAGAACAAACAAGCAAUGGCGGUGGUCUGUCGGUUGUCUCCUUACUACAAGCUGAAAUGCUCAGUAGACAAGUCGGGGCGGCCUUAGAGGUACAACAAUUAGGAAGCCCGAGUAAUGAGACUGACCUCAGUAAUAAACAAAUAGCAAAUAUAAAUGACGUUUGCGAUAGUAUGAAACAACAAUUAUUGAUAUUAGUCGAAUGGGCUAAGUACAUUCCAGCAUUUAGUGAACUUACUCUUGAUGAUCAAGUGGCGCUACUGAGAGCUCAUGCCGGUGAACAUCUUCUACUUGGUGUUGCGAGACGUAGCAUGCAUCUCAAUGAUGUACUGCUACUUGGCAACAAUUGUAUUAUCACCAAGAGCUGUCCUGAUGGACGUAAUCAAGAUCUGGAUAUCAGUAGAGUUGGUAUACGCAUAAUGGAAGAAUUGGUAAAACCGUUAAAUGAAGUACAGAUUGAUGAUACCGAAUUUGCUUGUCUGAAAGCCAUUGUUUUCUUUGAUCCAAACGCUAAAGGGUUAAGUGAACCGGCUAGAAUAAAACAUUUACGUUAUCAAAUCCAAAUAAAUCUUGAAGAUUAUAUAAGUGAUCGUCAAUAUGAUAGCCGUGGUCGAUUCGGAGAAAUAUUGUUAACAUUGCCGGCAUUACAGUCAAUAUCAUGGCAAAUGAUUGAACAAAUACAAUUUGUAAGGUUAUUUGGUGUUGCGCAUAUCGACAGUUUGUUGCAAGAAAUGCUAUUAGGUGGCGCAUCUGCUGAAUUAAAUGGCGCAACAACGCCCUUACCGAUAUCAAAUCCACCUGGCAGUUAUGUAAGUAGCAAUGAAAGUCCUAGUAGUCCAUUAACACCAGCAAACACAGGACCUCUUAGUCCUCAGGAUCAUAUGUUAAGUGCCGGUAGUCCUGUUAUGAUUUUACGCGAUUUAACUUCUAUUACUUCACAUGAUGAUAAUACUGUCGCGGGGUUUCGACUUUUUAAACAGGAGCCUAGUUUAGAAACUGAAACAACUUUUUGACUAGAUAACGAACAAUUACGAAUUAUUUUAACUAAAUAGAAAUUUUUUUGCUUUAAGCUGUUGAUUUAGAAAAAAUAAAUUAACCUUUAAGAAAUUUCGUAAUACAAUUUUUUAUAAAUUGUGAUGGAUAAAUUUUCCAAUAUUAUUAUUAUUGUAUUAUAUUUCUAAAAAUUAUUUUCUGUAUAAAGAGAGUUGAACGUUAAAGUUUAUCGGAACAGCAUUGAUUGCCAAUUAGUUGAUCUGAACGCAGUCAUUGUAUGUCAUUUGGAAUUGCAUCACUUUUUUUUGCCACGCUUGCGUCUAAAGGUUCGAUUUCUGCCCCAUUUAGUGGGAAGAAAGUAUCAAUUCCCUGUUCUAAAAGUAUGAACUAAAUAAAACUCCACAUGCGCUUAAUUUCGUUAAACAAUGCUAGUACCUGAACGUUUCCGUGACUGACCUGCUGGGAGGUUCUAUAGCCAAUUACACACAUGUAUUUAAAUGUCAUACUUUCUUCCUUAGAUGUGUAGUAUACCAUUUUAUUCUAAUAAAUAUAUUUUUUCUUGUAUUGCCCUGGUGGAAAUUUUUCGGACUUUUGUCUGAAAAAGUCUUUAGAAUUCUAGAACUGAGUUUUUCAGACAAAAGUCCGAAAAGUUUCCACCAGGGUGAUUUUUCUAUAGUUCCAUUACUCGGCCAUAACCUAAACACUUUUAACUAUAAAUUCUCUUCGUACAGAAAUUUUGUCAAAUGUGACAGGAAAAAUUCAUUUCAUUGCGGAUAAAUUCAAGUACGUUAACAAAUGAUUAUUACUAUAAAAAAAUAUAUUUGCUAUUCAAAACCAUCAACGAUAUUAUUUUUUUCAUCCAGUUAUUAAAAUGAAAAUUAAUAAAAUUAAAAUUUUCUAGUUAUGAAAAUAAUAUAAAUCAACAGCUCAAAGUUAAAAAAUAUCUAUAAAUAUAUUAAUAUAAUAAUAUAAAAAUCUAAAAUUAAUAAUAAAUUCUCGAAUUGCCUUUAUAAAAAAAAAUCACAUCGUAUUAUAUACGAUCAGUGAUAAUAUAAGUGAUAAUUAAAAAAAACGAUUAAUAUUUAUACGAUUAAAAAAACGUUUGAUAAAAAAAAGGUGCCUUAAAUACGUUUAAUUUUUUUACAAAUAUGUAUAGUAAGUAAUAAGUAAUACGUCAUUAAACUAAUUAAAAACCAGUAAAAUACAUAUAUUAUAAUGUUAGUAAGGAUAAAUAAAAAUAAUCUUCAUACAUGUUAUGUAUAUUUUAUUACUUAAGGUAAAAGAUCAAAUAUUCGUAAUAUAUUUAUAAGUAUAUAUGCAAAUAUAUGGAGUGAUCGGGUAGCAGUCCCGAUUCGGGUAUUAAGCCUUCUACCUUAUAGGCAAAUAAUUGAAAAUAUUUAAAUAGAAAAAAAAUAAAUUGUACAGUUAAAAGAUUAUUUUUAUUUAAAAGCUCGCCAAUAAAUAUUAUAUGCUGAUAAGAUAUAUUAAAUUAUCAAAAUGACAAUCGAUAUUAUACAUAUAUAUUUAUAUACAAUUAUAUACAAUUAUAUACAAUUAUAUACAAAUCAUCGAGUCAAUCACACCUAGUGCUCAAACCCUUGCUCAAUAUUAACUUUAGUGUUUUCAUUAUUAAUGAUUAAUAAUAAAUAAAUAUAUAGGUAUAUAUAAUGUAAGUCUACUCAAUUGACUCAUAGCAAUACAAUAGUUUUUUUCUCUCAAAUUUAUUUAUAAAAAAUACACGGUAGGCGUGAAUGCCAUACUGUAUGGUAUCGAAAAUUUUUAUACAUUGUAGAAUUGUAUGCAUAGAUGAUUCGGUCAUUGCGGGAAUAGUAAUAUGCGCGAUAGUUGUCGCGGGCACCACAAUGUCAGUAUGGCCGUCAGGCCCAUACUGUGUUGCCAUAUCCACAAUUCUUCUGGCAGACAAACCUAGACUAAUGACAUCUAUAUAGUUUUGGCGGUAAUACGAUAGUAUACAUUGAUUGACACGCCAAAAAUUAUGGCGGGAAAAACUAGUAGCAUUGUGCCCUCGGCAUUGUAGUAUGGGUCUCAGGGCCAUGCUGUUUCGCCGUGCCUGCUAUGCAUACGUGCGAGCAAUACAAUAGCUCCAGUACUAUACAGUAUAGUAAAUAACGCCAUACUUCUGGGACUCGUUACAAUACUGUCUUGGAAUAUUUCACAUUAGUGUUGCCGAAAUCGAAGCAACUAUUUGAUUUUUCACAAUUUAAUAGAAUCGACUGAAGACAAUCAUGGCGAUUAAUCGUUUCUAAACAAUCGAUUUUUUUCGAAAAAAAAAAAAAAAAACG